CUAUUACUAAGCUACGCGUAUUUCUUUCGCAAUUUUUCCUUAACUACACUUUUUUAGAAAUUGGAAGAAUUAAAUAAAUUUCCAGACUUCAACAACUAUCUUAUUUUUGUUUUAACAAAGCUCACAUCAGAGGAUGAACCCACGAGGUCUCUUAGUGGACUGAUAUUGAAGAAUAACGUGAAAGCUCAUUUUCAUAAAUUUUUACCAGAAGUUACAAAUUUUAUCAAGCAAGAAUGUUUAUCAGCUGUUGGAGACCCAUCACCUCUGAUCCGUGCGACUGUUGGUAUUUUAAUAACUACAGUUGCAUCCAGAGGUGAAUUGACAACAUGGCCAGAGCUACUGCCUGCACUUUGCCAAAUGUUGGAUUCGCAAGAUUUAAAUGUUUGUGAAGGUGCAUUCGGUGCUCUUCAAAAGAUUUGUGAAGAUUCUGCAGAAAUUUUAGAUUCGGAUGCACUCAAUCGACCUUUAAAUGUUCUGAUCCCGAAGUUCCUGCAAUUUUUCAGACAUUCAAGCCCUAAAAUUAGAUCACAUGCUAUUGCCUGUGUUAAUCAAUUCAUUGUUAACCGCGCACAGGCUCUUAUGAUUCACAUAGAUAGCUUCCUGGAGAAUCUCUUCCAUUUAGCUAAUGAUGACGAUUCUGAAGUUAGAAAAAAUGUUUGCAGAGCUUUGGUUAUGUUGCUUGAAGUUCGAAUGGAUAGAUUAAUACCACAUAUGCACAAUAUAAUAGAAUAUAUGUUAAUGAGGACUCAGGAUCCAGAUGAAGGAGUUGCUUUAGAAGCUUGUGAAUUUUGGCUUUCUCUAGCAGAGCAACCAAUUUGUAAAGAUGCACUUGCACCACAUUUAACUCAUUUAGUACCUAUAUUAGUGAGAGGAAUGAAAUACUCCGAAAUUGAUAUAAUACUCCUAAAAGGAGACGUAGAAGAAGAUGAAAUGAUCCCAGAUCGGGAUGAAGAUAUCAGGCCAAGAUUUCACAAAUCAAAAACACACCAUUCACACCAUACUACUAUGACUAAACAUGGAGACGAGAAUGGUGGUUGCGACGAAGACGACGUAGAACCCGAAGACGGAUGUGACGACGAUUCAACGCUUAGUGAUUGGAAUUUGAGAAAGUGUUCUGCAGCUGCCCUAGAUAUGUUAGCAAAUGUAUUCAGAGAAGAGUUGUUACCCGUUCUAAUACCAAUUUUAAAAGAAACACUUUUCCAUCAAGGUUGGGAAAUCAAAGAAUCUGGAAUAUUAGCGUUAGGCGCUAUUGCUGAAGGUUGUAUGGGUGGAAUGAUUCCACAUUUGUCCGAAUUAAUUCCAUAUCUAAUUAAUUGCUUGAGCGACAAAAAGGCACUAGUACGGGCUAUUACAUGCUGGACACUAAGUCGUUACGCACAUUGGGUUUGUGCGCAACCACACGAUACACAUUUGAAGCCAUUAAUGACUGAAUUACUCAAAAGAAUACUUGAUGGCAAUAAACGAGUUCAAGAAGCCGCGUGUUCUGCUUUCGCAACGCUUGAAGAAGAAGCAUGCACGGAAUUAGUCCCUUACCUUGGAUUUAUUCUUGAAACGCUUGUUUUUGCUUUCGGCAAAUAUCAACAUAAAAAUCUUUUAAUAUUGUACGACGCAAUUGGUACGCUUGCUGAUUCAGUGGGACAUCAUCUUAAUAAACCAGACUACAUUAACCUUCUUAUGCCACCGCUAAUUAAUAAAUGGAACGUAUUGAAAGACGAAGACAAAGAUCUCUUUCCAUUGUUAGAAUGUCUUUCUUCUAUUGCAACUGCAUUGCGAUCAGGUUUCCUUCCUUACUGCGAACCCGUGUAUAGGCGAUGCGUAUCUCUCGUAGAGCAGACGCUAAAUCAACAUAUAGCAAGUACUCAGAGUCCAGAACAGUUUGAGGCGCCUGAUAAAGAUUUUAUGAUUGUUGCAUUAGACCUACUUAGUGGCUUAGCAGAAGGAUUGGAUGGUCACAUGGAACGCUUAGUAAUGAACAGCAAUGUAAUGCAACUAUUGUAUCAGUGUAUGCAAGACGUUAUGCCUGAAGUUAGACAGAGUAGCUUCGCCUUACUAGGAGAUCUUACGAAAGCGUGUUUCCAACAUGUUCUCCCAUGUAUACCGGAAUUUAUGCCUAUACUUGGACAGAACUUAAAUCCAGAAUUUAUAUCAGUAUGUAAUAAUGCAACAUGGGCUAUCGGUGAAAUAGCUAUAAAGCUCGGAUCUGACACAAGUGUAUAUAUUCCAUUAAUUUUGACUCAUCUGAUCGACAUAAUCAAUAGACUAAAUACGCCAAAAACACUAUUGGAAAAUACGGCCAUAACGAUCGGUCGCCUAGGUUAUGUGUGUCCCCACGACGUCGCCCCCAUGUUACAGCAGUUUGUCCGACAGUGGUGUACUUCCCUGCGGAGCAUAAGAGACAAUGAAGAGAAGGACUCGGCUUUCAGAGGUAUGUGUCAGAUGAUAACGGUGAACCCAGCAGGAGUUGUGCAAGACUUUGUCUUCUUUUGUGAUGCUGUCGCGUCUUGGGUCACACCUAGAGAAGAUCUUAAAGACAUGUUUCAAAAGAUACUACAUGGGUUUAAAAAUCAGGUUGGUGCGGAAAAUUGGAAACGAUUUUCAGAUCAAUUCCCACCACAGCUCAGUGAACGACUCCAUAACAUGUAUGGUGUCUGAGCAGCCCUCCCUAAAUGCGAAGGCCGCUUAACGGGGCAGGCCGAACGGGGUUGGGCGGGAAACAGAACUAUGGGUGGACAGGGUGGGUGGGUGAAACCACGGCCUCUUCUCAUCAACAUCGUUGUCGUUACCGUGUUAUGGUCAUCGUUAGGCUCCCGGGGGAACUAAU